AUGGCUGCCCUCUUAUCUCUCCCCUGCAGUGUGUAUGGCUGCCCCCUGGCCAAGAAGAGAAAGAGCCUAGACAGACAGACCCUGGAAACGUCCCCCAAGAGGAGCACCUACCUAGAUGACAUGGACAACUCCACGAUGGAGGAAUGCUACGAGACAGACGGGACCGAGGAGAUGGACGACAGGGAGGAAGAGGAGGAGGAGGGAGCCAUAGAGGAGGAGGAGGAAGGGGAAGUGGAGGAGGAAGAAGAGGAGGAGGUGGAGGGCUACAUGGACUACAACGUAGAGCAAAUGGAGCAUGAAGACGGGGAGGUGGAGAGAGGCGAUAGGGAGGAGGAUGAGGAGGAGGAAGAAGAGGAGGUAGAGGUGGAGCAAGAAGACGAGGAGGAGGGUGAUGAGGAACGGGUGGAGGAGGCGGAGGAGGAAGAGGAGGAGGAAGCGGUGGAGGAAGUGGACUAUGAAGAAGGAGAGGAGGAGGAAGGAGAGCAGAGUCAAGGGCAAGAGGACGAUCAGAUGAGCAGCAGCGAGGGGGGCGAGGGCGACAGCGGAGGUGGCGUUAGCAAUGCCAAACCUGGCCAGGCGAUGGAGAAGGACAACAACAACAACAACAACAAUGAAGAGUACGAAAACUACGACGAGCUCGUGGCCAAGUCCCUCCUGAACCUGGGCAAGAUUGCCGAAGACGCCGCCAACCGGGCCUUGACGGAGUCUGAGAUGAACAGCAACUCCUCCAACAGUGCAGAGGAAGAGGAGGAGGAGGAAGAGGAUGAGGAGGAGGAGGACGAUGAUGAUGAAGAGGAGGAGGAAGAGGAAGAAGAGGAGGAGGAAGAGGAGGGGGAGGGGGAUGAAACGCAGAGGGGUGAUCUAAGUUUGGACGUUGACAGUGAUGUGGUUCGGGAGACGGUGGACUCCCUAAAACUGCUGGCACAAGGUCACGGUGCGGUAUUGUCUGAUAAUUUAGAUGGACAGGAGUUUGAGGAUGGCACCGCUGUGAACGAGACUGACUGUACCCACAAUGGGGGAAAUGCACACAAUGGUGGUAAUGGACAACUUAAGACCAGCAGUAACGGACAAAUUGAAAACAGUGAUGAAGAAGUGUGUUUAAGCAGUUUGGAGUGCCUGCGAAACCAAUGCUUUGACCUAGCUCGGAAACUAAGUGAAACAAAGUCUGCUGACCGAAAUGGACCAUCCCAGCAAAAUCAUUUCUCAUGUGGGGAUCCCAAUCAGCAGCUCCAGCACCACGGCUAUGGGGAUUUCCACCAUGGCCAAGGUGACAGGAGGUUACUUGAUAGGAACUAUUCCGACAUGGACAAUCUCAUGAAGCUGGAGGAGCAGCUCAGCCCACGCUCCAAAGCUUUCGCCAGUUGCGCACAGGACGACCGGUAUCACACCAACCACCGGGACUUCGAUGAGGACACCGCCUCAGUGACGUCAGACAGAUCUGAAGAGGUGUUUGACAUGACAAAGGGCAACCUGUCGCUACUCGAAAAGGCCAUUGCACUAGAGUCCGAACGUGCCAAGGCAAUGCGAGAUAAAAUGGCGGCUGAGGCUGCCAGAAGAGAUGGGGUGAGGUAUAACCAUGACGACCAUGGCCCACGGCAUGGCUAUGGUGUUGAGCGUAAAGCCCGCCUUCAUGAUGGCAUGAAGAAGCCUUUUUACCACAAAGAUGCUUCUCGUGCAGACAAGAAAGAAAGCCGCUGUCCGACGCCGGGCUGUGACGGCACCGGUCACGUGACUGGCUUGUACCCGCAUCACCGUAGCCUGUCCGGCUGUCCGCACAAAGACAGGGUGCCGCCAGAAAUUGUGGCAAUGUAUGAGAAUGUUCUUAAGUGUCCUACGCCUGGCUGCACGGGACGCGGCCAUGUCAAUAGCAACAGAAACUCCCAUAGAAGUCUGUCCGGAUGUCCCAUCGCUGCAGCCGAGAAGCUGGCCAAAGCCCAGGAGAAGCACCAGAGCUGUGACGGCCCCAAAUCCAACCAGUCCUCCGACCGAGUCUUAAGGCCUAUGUGCUUUGUCAAACAACUGGACUAUCCACAGUAUGGUUACAAGAACAAUGUCUCCACCAGCACGCCCCGCUCCAACCUGGCCAAGGAGCUGGAGAAGUACUCCAAGACCAGCUUUGACUACAGCGCCUUCGACGGCAGCAACAACCACCAGGUGUACGGGAAGCGGGCCAUCGCGCCCAAGGUGCACGGACAAAGGGACACCUCGCCGAAAGGAUACGACGCCAAACGCUACUGCAAGAACUCCAGCUCGGCCAGCAGCACAACCAGCACCUACGCUCCCAGCAGCAGCAGCAGCAGCCUGAGCUGUGGUGGCGGUGGAGGGGGCGCGGGAGGUGGCGGGGGCAGCAGCGCCAGCAGCACCUGCAGCAAGAGCAGCUUUGACUACAGCCACGACAUGGAGGCUGCCCACAUGGCAGCCACGGCCAUCCUCAACCUGUCUACACGCUGCAGGGAGAUGCCACAUGGCAUGGGGGGGAAGCCGCCGGACCUGUGCUCGCAG